AUGUAUUACCUGGAGAUUGAGAACGAGAGGGUGGAUAAACGAAUCAACAAACUUGAAGAUGACUUGGAGAAACUAAAAAGAGGUGUACUUAAUGUUUCUGAAGCCGCAAGUUGUCAUGGAAAACUGGUGGGGAAACCUGUGAAAAAACAUGCAACACCAGUGAAGAAAGAUGAAACACCAGUGAAAAAAGAAAGGGGUGAUAUGGAAGAAGGGAAUGGAAUAGAAAAGAAGAAUAAAAAGAAGGAGAAACAAAAUGUGACGUUGCAAAGAAGUUGGACCAGAGAACAGAUGAAGAAAAGGAUAAAGAUUGAGAAGAGUAGUAUUUUGUAA